AUGAGCACGGGCGCCGUGAUCGGCAUCGUCGUGGGCAUCGUGGCUGCCGUGGCCAUCGUCGCCGCCAUCAUCAUGUGCGCCAUCCGCAAGCGCCGCGAGGCGGACGACGACCCGCUGUCCCCCUUCGAGCUGUCCAUGGACAAGGGCUACAACCCCACGCCGGGCGGUUUCGCGGCCCAGAACUCGUACAACCCGCGCGUGCUGAGCCAUGGAUCUGGAGUGGCCGGCGUCCAGGACACGCGGACCCCACCGGCCGACACCGUGGCGGCUGGAGUGGCCUACUCGCAGUUCUACGACAAUGCCGCCACGUCGCCGGGCUCGAUGAACCGACUGGAGAGCAACGUGGACUCGGUGCAGACGGACCCGGGCAACAACGGCCCCGCAAACGGCACCAAUCUGUGGCUGAGCGCAAUGGAGCCCAAGGACAACGAGUCCUACCUGAGCGCGCAGGAGUCUCCGCGCUCGUCGCGCAACAGCAGCCGCAACAGCUACGACAACUCGUUCAACCAGAACAUGGACGUGGACCAGAGCAGCCAGAUCAGCGGAAACAGCAACAAGGAGAGCGACGACUUCCCGGACCACCACGAGGACAACGACUCGGCGCGGGGCUCGUACGAGCUCUAA